AUGAAAAAGAUAUAUAUUGGCAAAACUGCCCUCAAAACCCAGAGAAAUGGUUGCAAACAUCAGAAAAGAAGCUCUUUCCACGACCACAAGGAUGACCUCCGUAAGCGCCUGUCGUACACCACCCACAAACUAGAGAUGGUGGAAACGGAGUUCGACUCUACUCGGCAGUACCUCGAGACAGAGCUGCGCCGGGCCCAGGAGGAACUGGAGAAAUUUACAGAGAAACUACGCAGGAUCCAGAGUAGCUAUGCAGCUCUACAGCGGAUCAACCAGGAUUUGGAGGACAAGAUGCACAGGACGUCCCAGCACCAUGAAGAGGAAAAGAGAGCCCUCAGCCGGGAGAUCAUCGUCCUGAACAACCACCUCAUGGAGGCGAAGAUUACCAUUAAUAAACUCAGAGAGGACAAUGACCUGUACAGGAAAGACUGCAACCUGGCAGCCCAGCUGCUGCAGUGCUCCAAGUCUCACUACAGAGCACACAAGAUGUCUGAGUUGCCGUUGGAUUUCCAGGAACGCAUCAGUUCCCACAUGGAGAAACAUAACCGGGGUAGUGGAGCCACCAUGGCAAUGUGUCACUCCAAUUACUCCGACGCUGUGCCCACAUCCAUAAUUGCCAAGGUACUGGAGAAGCCCGAACCAGGAAGCAGUUGCCCUGUAACACGAUCACCAAGCCCGCAGCCGCAGGAUGGAGACUUUCUUACAGGAACAGGGAGCACUGAUCACUUGACCCGGCGCAUUUCGUAUAAGACAUCUGAUUUGUACUGCAGCGAUACAGCCCUCUACUGCCCUGAACGAUGGCAAGACACAGAGCGCAGGCAGAGCGUCGACCUUCAUGGCACUGGACUGCUUCAGCUCCACGCCCAGAACUCCACAGACAGUAACCCAGACGAAGAUGCCUACCACUCCGGAAGUUUCUCCCACCAUGAACCUCCAUCUUCCUUUCACCACCAUGACGAGUUUGGCACUGGCAGCCUCCCUGCUUCCAGUUCUUACUCCAGCUUCAGCCUGGCAUCAGAUGAAAAGGGAGGAGUUAGUGCUGGUUGUGGGCGCACUGCCAGUAGCACCUUAUCCUCUUCCCACCAGGGGCUCUAUAUGGACUGGCGAGAUGGUGGCAGUGGGGAAUAUGAGCGCAAAAGCAUGUCUUCGUAUGAUAAAGACAGCCCAAGCUUCCCUAAGUCCCACAGCAUCCAGCACAUGGUGACCUCCAGGAGCCCGCAAAAGGGCACCUCACCAGCGUACACGAGGACAGCUUCAUGCUUCAGUGAACCAUACCACUCCAGCACCCCUCGCCUGGCCUCUUCUCACAGUAUGGGGUCCACAACUGGACUGGGCCAGGCUCGAGGCGGAGCUCUGGACAGCCGAGGUGACGUCCAGGUGUCUGAGGAUGAGCUGAACAGCCGUUGGAGACAGCUUAGUGUGGAAGACAUCAACGCCUUCUCAUCUUCCUAUCGUAACAUCACAGGUCGGGUGUCUCCGUACAGUUUCUCUGAGCGCCACUUUGCCAUGGGCCCCUCCAGUAAGGUCAAGGGGUCUCUCUACAGCAGCUUCCAAGAAGGAGAUCAUGUCUUCCAUAGCCGCAUGCUGGACCAGUGCUUUGCUGUGGGUCCCCCUUCACCCAGCCGCAGCCCCAAACCUAUGGAGCAUCGUAAGCAGGAGAAAACUUCUGUGCUGUAUAGAGCCAAGGAUGACAGUCAGGACUCAGAGUGCAGUCUUUUCCUCUCAGGGAGCUCUAAAGACAAAGAGAGUAGCGGGGGAGCGACAGCAGCAAGCAGCGCCAAGAAAGACUAUAUAAAUCUGAGUGCAGACAGCUCAGCUGAGUCUUUACAUCAAAGCUCCCUUGAGGCCUCAAGUCUUCAACACUACCCUAGCCCCCGGCCGAGCGUCCGGCCUCGUCCGAGCUCCAGCUCGGCUCUCAGCAUCGGUCCUGCACUCCCAAAGAAGACCUCUCCAAGAUACCAAAAAUUUGGCAGCACGGGACUGACGAGGAAGGACAGUUUGACCAAGGCGCAGCUAUACGGUACACUGCUGAACUGA